GAUACGGUCGGUAUUUAUAAGAAAAGUGACAGCUGCUGUUCCCCUUUCCAUUAGUUCGGCAACUAAAGAAAGACGAAAGGAGGGAGUGAAGAGGACGUGUGGGGAAGCUGUCUGCUCGCCGCUGGAUUUUUCUUUUUUAUUAUUUAUUCUUCUUGCAACUGGCCAGGGUUGCUUUAUAUUAUGUUUCUAUGGCAAAUACAUUAUAAUUAACUUCGCAAAGGUUUAUUCCUUGGCCCGCCCUGCUCUACCCCGCUUAGAAGGAGUUUUCUCUUCCGAAAGGACCCUUUACGCGUCGAGUUGGAUUUAAGUCCCUUCACUACCACUCUGACAGGAUGAUACGGUUACCGUUUUCUGCAGCUGUUCUUCUAGUUUUUAUCAGCCAGGUCUUUGGAGACUUGAUCCAGGCGAGUGUGGGGGAUGAUGUUAAGUUUCCCCUCUCAGAGGAGUGCAUGGAGGGACACGGAGCACUGAAUCUACACCUGAAGGACGGCAGCAUUCAGGUGGUGGCGUCUCUUCAUGGUGACUGGGAGCCGGGGCGAGCUUACAUUGGCCGGGUGACUGUAAGCAGCGAUUCUUUAAUACUGACAAGUAUAGAUUUAAAUGACCAAGGCAUGUAUGACUUUACAUGCAAGAAAAAAGGGAAGGUAGAGCUCACUGAUCUGCAAGUAUUCCUGCCCUCUGAAGUUGUUGUAGAUGAGGGUGAGGAUGCCACACUGCCGUGCCGCUCCAUCACAGCAGGUCAGAGGGUGAAGUCUGCGCAGUGGAAGCGAGACGGAGAGGUGGUGCUGGGGCUGAAUCCUCCACACGUUACUGAUGGGAAUGACUUUGAAAGCCGGGUAUCAAUACCAUCAGACUGGCACCAAAGGGGAGACCUGUCCCUCAGCAUAAAGCGAGUUCAGCUGAGGGAUCGAGGCGUUUAUUUCUGUGACGUGGACAAGACGGAGCGAUACCGCUCAGCUGUGCGCCUGCGAGUUCGAGAGACUGUCUCUAAAUCUCCGACCAGCACGCUAAAGCCUACACUGAUGCCGACACAGACGACCUCAGAAGCAAACGGACUGGGAACUCUGGCCGCUGUCUGCAUCACAGCUGUGGUCUUUUUGGUUUUGGGCCUUGUGUGGGGAUGGCUCCUGAAAUCUCACUGCUCCACGUACGUGUCACGUCUGCUACGACGCUUUGGACCCGGAGAUGAACGACAUGAUGUAAAUGGGGCGUCGGAGCGUCUGAGCCAUCCUCCUCCUCUGCAGAUGAAUGGCCACAAUCCAUCAAAUACGUCCCAGGCAGACGUCUGAAGACUUUUAGGAUCAAUACUUGGCAACGUUUAACUUAUUAAUGCGCUUCAGCUUAAUGUGUGCAGCUUAUAAUUAUAAUUAUGAAUUUUUACACCGAUUAAAGCUUUCGCUUCCUGUCUUAAUUUACUUUUUCUUAUUUUUGUAAUA